GUGCAGUAGUUAGAACAACAUGAAAAGCUUCAAUAUUUUACAACAGAUGCAGUUAGCAGGGUAUGGUUUUUGGUGUGCUUAUUUAGUGCAAGAUGCACAUGGCAAAAAGACGGAGCAACCACUACCACAACAACAAGAUGCACAUGGCAAAAAGACGGAGCAACCACUACCACAACAACAUGACGGUGCCACGGAAGAGUCAGGCAAAGUGUAUUCUGAUGAAAACUUGUCUGAGAUAGUUGAUUAUGUGUUAAAGCGAAUGGAUUUGAAUAAUGAUGGGUAUGUGGACUAUGCGGAGUACCGCAAAAGUGAAGAGGCGGACAUGGGUGAUGAUCACGAAAAAACAAAUAAAAUAUGAAUAAAUUAGUAUUUGAGCUUCUGUAUACAUAUGUACAUACCUUUUGUUACCGACAAAAUAUAAGCAUAAGAAAUUUUCCUUCUAAUGGCCCAGAACAGUGCCAGGCAUAAUACAAACGCAUACAUAGCCUCGCGAGGCUACUAGCUGCCUGGCAGUGCUCUAGAAAUUUCAAAUAUUCAAUUGGCACAAUAACAAGAAUACAUAUCGUUCACAAACGCGCUAAGUCCACUUUUUAUGAAAAUUGAGAUUUUAAAGCAGUUAGAUAGCACAACUCAAAAUACAUCAUUACAAAAAAAAAAGUAUCCGUAAUGUCGUUCUUACUUGUUGUUAUGCAGUGGUAUGCAAAUGUGCUAAGUCAAAAAAAAAAACAAGAAAAAAUGGGCGAAAUCGGACUGUAACUACGCCCACUUCACAUAUAAAGGUAUUAUCGCAAAAUACAAGAACUAAGAUAUUUCAGUAAAUAUUGGAUGUAAGUUGUUGAAAAUUAGUAUGGUUAAUAGAAUUUUGGAAAACAAUUUUUGGAAAAUGGGCGCGACCCCUCCCAUUAACGAUGAAAUCCUGUAUCUCAGUAGCCCAUUCAUCAAGCCUUACUAAAUUCAGUACGAGCCUUGCUUAGGGCCUAGCUAAGAAAUCUGUUGAAAAUCUUUGAAAUCGGGCAUUGAGUACGCGCAUCUACCAUAUAACGGUAAUUUACAGACACACGAAAACUGUGAUAAAUCAAUCUGCCUUAUCCUGAGUUUCGCCGAAAAAAUUGCACCCGAAAAUUUGUAUUCCGCCCAUAAUAAAUACAUGGAAACCAAACGUGAAAAGUGAACCGGUUCGGAGAAAAUGAAACUCAUGAUAAGGCGUAAUAUAAAAUAGUUAUUUUUGUUAACAGCAAUGAAAUAAGACUGU